UAGGAUUCCGGCUCCCGCGGCUGCUGGCGCGGUGAGCUCCUGGUGGGCUCCGGCUUUCUAGUCAGCCCCGGCCCCGGCUUCGGCCUCAGGAUCGCGCCCGGCUCUGCCGCGGCCCACCGGGCUCGGAGGUGACCCGAGCCGCCAGCGACGCCCGCAGGGCUCCAGGUGCCCGGGCCGGGGGCAAUGCCGUGCGGGAGGGAGGAAGAAGAGGAAGCCGACGAGGAAGCGGAGGGGGAGGAAGAAGAGGAGGACAGCUUCCUCCUGCUAGAGCAGUCGGUAACUCUGGGCGGAUCCGGCGAAGUGGACCGGCUAGUGGCCCAGAUCGGCGAGGCGCUGCAGCUGGAAGCGGCUCAGGACAGUCCGACUUCGCCGUGCGCGCCCCCGGGGCCGCCGCUGCAGCCCCUGAGGCCCCUGGCUGCCAUGCGGGCGGACAAGGCCCGGCCACGGACGCUGCGCCUGCUUUUGCCGCCCGCAUCGGCGGAGGCCGCGGGCCCAGGAGCCCUGCGCUGCACCCUCGAGGACCGCGGCCGUGUGCGGGGCCGAGCUGCGCCCUACUGCGUGGCAGAGCUUGCCGUCGGCCCCACUGCGCCGCCACGACUACCCUCUCAGGCCGGCUUUGAUGGGCCUCCCGGAUCGGGGAAGCCGAGCGCGUCACGGCCGCUGUCCCGCCGGUGCCGGCGAGGGUGGCUCCGGGGUGCCGCCGCCUCCCACCGCCUGCAGCAGCGACGCGGGCCCCAGUUCGAAGCCCGCACCAGCGACGACGACCCUCACCGGCUCUUGCAGCAGCUCGUACUCUCGGGAAACCUCAUCAAGGAGGCCGUGCGGAGGCUUCACUCGCGACGGCUGCAUUUACAUGCAAAGCUUCCCCAACGCAGAUUCCUGGGACCUGUGUCGCCCCGCAGCCCUCGCGCAGCCUGUAGUGACCCUGGUGCGUCCAGGAGCGGGGCGCAGCUCAGAACUGCCGACGGCGUUCUUGUCCCCAGCAGCUAACACGCCCAGGGUGCUCACAGCGCAAGCCUCUGACCCCGGGCUAGGGGUCAGGGGUACCCUGGGGACUUCAGCCCUGCUCGAGGCUGGCGGAGAACUCGCGCCUUUGAAAGCGAGAAAAGUCAGUUUCCUGGUCGCACAUAGGAUUGCCUGGCUCCAGCAGAUCAGAAG